AUGAGUGAAUUAAUUAAAAUUUUCCAAAAAUUAAGCGAAUAUUUUGUACAAGGCCUAGUGUGGGAAGAAAUUGAAGAUAUAUUUGAACAAUUUCAAAGAAAUAAAAACGCCACAGAAGCUCCUGCGCAAAAUGAACAUCUCCGGAAAUUGUUGAACAUUCCUUUGGUUCAGCGUUGUGUAGUCGAUGAACAAAUCGUAUCAAAUCUUCGAGAUUUAUGUGUGGCCAUACGAACAUUACGCGGUGAUUCCGUUGGGAGUUAUGAUAAUACAUUUGAUUGUUGGGAUCAAGUUGUGAAGGUGGCACCACGAGAUGGUUACCUGGCAUUUAUAUACACCUUGGCUGGUCUAAUACAAAUCGAUCCGAACUCGUCGCAAUAUAUUAAGUUAUCUUUGUUGGCGGUAAAUGCAUAUUUUCUUACGCUUACCAUACCGGGAGCAAAAGGGUUUCACAUCUUCGAAGAAGAGCUAAUAAAUCACUGUCUGCAAGUAUUUGGACUCAUAGAACGUCUACAAAAUCCAGAUGUUAUUAGUCGAAUGUCUCGCCAUGAACCCAUCCAAAUAUGGCUACAAUUUUCAACAUUUUGUGAUGACCUGAAGUUGGUGUUGCGUUAUGUCCACUUUAAGGAUUAUCAAACGGCCCGAAAUGGUAUCCUAAAGAAGUUAAUUGAUAUUCAGUACGUGAAUCAUGAACGGGGAUAUGCAAAUAUGUAUGCCGCAAAUUUACACAUGAAAUGUUUCGAGAUCUACGAGGAAAUGAUAAAUGCCCAUAAUGGAGAUCCCGAACAAACUCUGCUGAAACUUAUGAACCUUACCGUAUUCCUACAUACAUAUUCAUCAAAACCGAAAUCCAAUCAAUCCACCGCCAAUAAUAUAAAUAGCGAUUGUGAACACAUAUCCGAUUGGUUUAUAAAAUCGAUAUCCAAAUACCCCAGACUACUGGUUAAAGUAUUAAAAUUCUAUAUUGAAUGUAUUAUUACAAAUCCCGUGCGCACCUGGAAAACUGAACAAAUACAAAAGGCUCUCGAAUAUGCAGCGAAAUAUGAUGCUGCUCUUUUUACAAAAUGCAACGAAUCAUGUGUUGAGUUCCUGUGCGAUGCCGUCUAUGCUGAUGAAGUGAUGAUACGAUCACGUGCCAUUGAUUUAAUGUCGAAAAUAUUACAAAUGGAAUCUCAGGUGGAUUGGCAAAUGUUUCGUCACGAAGUAUCCGAUAUACCACGAGAAAUAUAUCUUAUAAAGGAGUUAAUAGACAGUUUGCAAGAUCAAAAUAAUAAUAUAAAAUUGAAAUCGGUACAGGCUCUACACACAGCCUUGAUUAAGGGAUCUCCGAAUGCAAGGAAAAUUCUUACAGAAUGUUUAAAAUACACCGAGUUUUGUGAUAUGAGUGUGGUGCUGCCCGACGAACCACGUGUGGGAAAAAAUGAAAUACGUUUUGAAAAACCCCAUGCCCAGGAGGCCAAAUAUUCAUUUCAAGGUCAUGCCGUAUUACAAUUAUCAAUCUUAAAUUUACCCUCCUAUGUGUAUGCACAUUUGUUUCAAAGCCCCCUAUCGUAUAUAAGACGGGCAGGAAUAAUGUUAAUGGAACAAUUGGUUAAAUUAAAUCCUUUAAUUAUUUUCAAUACCAAUUUUGUGGAGGAAACAUCACGUUUGGUGGUGGAACCAACAGCAUUGGUACGCAAACAAACGUUACUUUCUAUAGAUUCCAUAUUGGAAUGUUAUCCCAAUUGUUAUCCAGUUAUAUGGGUAUGGUGUAAAGUUAUUACACCAAUGCUGCUGGAUGGUGAUACAAAAAAUAUUGAAGUUGCAAUGGAGUGUUUCCGUUGCAGAGUUUUGUCUAAUCUCAAAAGUAUCGAACAAACAAAUAAAGCCGAACAUUUUAUGCCAUGGGUGAUUAUACGCACCCUAUUAUCUACACAAUCGCGAUUCUAUUUGCAAAAUUGUUUUCAUUUGGCAUUGCAGCAGAAGAUGAUAAGUCCCCAAAUGGUCGACAUCGUUGAAUCACAUUUGCUAACCUCAAAUUCAACGGAAGCCUGGAUUGUGCUAAAUUUCAUUGCAAGUAAAAUGAAAAGCCGUGAACCCGAUGCUUUAUUACAUCACUUUAUCUCACUACAAUCUUGGAAUAAAGAACAAAACAUGUUAAUAGCCUUGGAGGUGUUGGCCAGUUGCAUUAAAGAUUUUUCACACACAGCAUUGAAUCACGCCUUCAAUCAUAUAUUAACACAAAUCAAAUCUGGGCAAUUGUUACCAACCAUAAUUGGUAAAGCCUUCGAUUUUUUGGUACUCAUCGAUAAUCGUUCGAAUGCAACGGGGAAGAAUAAAAAUACCACCUUAGAAAAAGCCUCCAACAAUCAAUGGAUUUUAGAUUUACAUGGACAUUUAGAAAAUGAAAUUAUAAAUGGUAUACAAUACUUCCCCGAUAAUCGUGAUACAUUUAUGUCUCAACUAUUUGCCUAUUCUGAGGUGAAUAUACAAACCAGACUGCGGCCCAAUUCAACAAUAAUCCUAUUCCUGCACAAAUACAUGAGUGAAUGCAUUAAAAUGCGUGAAAAUGAAAUGGAUUUAGAUAAUGCCAGAAUAUUCAAUUGUAUUAUACAAAUCGCCGGACGUCUUUCGUUAAGAGAUGGUUGUGUGGCCACAACAACAUGUGCCCUUUAUGCCAAUAUUCUGGCUAUAAACGAUCAACCGCCCAUAGUUAACACGAUAAUUGUUUCUCUAACGGAUUUAUGCAAAAAACAUACACAGAUUGUUGAACGUAUUGUGGAUAGAGUUUUGCGUAAAUUAAAAUCGCCAUAUGACGUCAAUCGUUUGGAGACAUUUAAGUGCUUUGAAAAGUUGGUGCUACAAGAUCAAAUAAAACUAAGAGGUUCCAUAUUAUUGGCUUUGCUAGCUGCCCUCUUGGAUGAAUGCGAGGAUUUGUCCAAGAGGGCUUCGGAUUUCUUUGCUGAAUUUCUAUCGAAGAAAAAUUCUACGCUAUUUCAAAAAUGUCUUAUCGAAUGUCCUUUUGUUUUUAAUGAAUAUAAGAACUUUGAUGGCUUGGACAGUUUUUCUGAGGCAUUUAUAAAAUCCCCUCUAAAAGGAGAAGCACAUCGUAAAAGACGCCAGAUGCUCUACAAACAUUUAAUGGAGGAUAUGGAUGACAUCAAUAUGAUAUUAUAUUUUGGACAAUUGAAGUUAAUAGCAGAAAAAUCCAAAUCGGAUCCCUUAAUAAAAGAACCCGAAGGUAUAGCUCUGGUCAAAGAUGUCCUUUAUAUUUUGAAAAAGGUAUGCCAAUUAACGAAAGAACAAAAACAAACGUCGGAAAAUGAUGGUGAAAAGAAGGAAGAAGAUGAAGUGUUGGCAGAAAUAAAUGAUUUGAAUGAUACGAAUAAUCAAGAAACUAAAAACAAUGCAAAUAAUGCAGCAAAUAAAAACAUCCCUGGCAAUGGUCCUGGCAGGGGUAGGCGGAAAAGGGAAUUUACAAUGCCCGAAGCUAUGACUCUCCUUGAAAAAUCUUUAAUUUUUAUACCGACAAUCUAUCAAAAUAUCCAUGCCCACGAUACAUCAAUACAAGAGUCAUUUGAUGAUUUAUGUAAGGCAUUAUAUAAAAGAUUUCCAAAUUUAGUUGAUUAUGCUCAACCUGCCGAAUUUUGGAAUAAAUAUCGUAAAUCGAAAGUGAUAACAGCAAAGAAAAGUGCGAAACGUAAAACACCCAAAAAGAAGAAAAAACGAAAAUCCGCCGCUAAUCGUGAUUCAGAAAGUGAGGGUAGUGCCGAAGAAGUGGAUAAUGAUUCGGAAAAUGAAGUAGAUGCGGAAUCAACAAAAUCCAAUGAUAACAGCGAUACAGAUGAUGAAAUUCUAACGCCGAACAUAUAA